CCCCCAGCCCCCAGCGGUUAGACGAGCUGUGUCAGCUCAUUUGUCUGGUUGUGAACAGUCAUGGUAAAUGUUAACGAACGAGAGCAUCCGCUCAUCUUUACACCUGGGUCAACGUUGCUGACUCAUGUGUUUCCAUGGUCAGACCACAUCCUCAGAGUUGAGCUUAUAACCCAGGCCGUGCAUUGAGGUGGGAGCAUUCAGAUCAAAGACAGAGACACGAGGAAAUGUGCUGCAAGAAAGGCUUUGCUGCUUUCAUCUUGGGGGGGCUUCUCUUUUUUGUCAACUCAGGCCACGGCUCUGACAUCAUCAAUGGGAAAGAAGUGGUGCCGCACUCUCUGCCGUACAUGGCUCUGCUGCAAGUGAAAACGAAUCCAUCCUGUGGAGGAGUUUUAAUUGAUCCAAACUGGGUUCUGACAGCUGCUCACUGCGCCAGGAUCGACACUGUGGUUUUAGGGGCUCAUUCCCUUAAAGAAAAAGAGACAAACUCCAGGCAGAUCCAGAAAGUGAAGACACAUUUUCCUCAUCCCUGCUAUGAUAAGAACGAGACCGUCAACGACCUCAUGUUACUCAGGCUUCAAAAGCCAGUAAAAGAGACCAAAACAGUGCGGCCCCUGAAGCUGGCUGACACUGUCAAGGACCCUGCUGGUGGUUCUCCCUGCUUGGUGGCGGGAUGGGGAACAACAAAGAACAUGGCCAAAAAAAUGUCUGACGUGUUGAUGUACACCAACGUGACUGUCAUCGACAGACAGAAGUGCAACUCCCCAGCCUUCUACAACCUGAAGCCUGUUAUCACCAGCAGCAUGAUAUGUGCUGGCUCCGACGGUUCCAAAGUUGCAGACACUUGUAGGGGGGAUUCUGGUGGACCGCUGGUGUGCAACAACGUUCUGGUUGGAAUCACAUCUUUUGGGAAGCUUUGUGGAGUUAAAAAACACCCUGGGGUGUACAGCUUCCUGUCUGCAAAACAACUCCUCUGGAUCAAGAAGACAAUGAAGGCCCCGCAAAUAUAAAUGAAAAUUCUCCUUCAAACUCCUUUAUCUAUUUUUUAACUUUAAUUUCAUGUUUAAUUUGAUCACAAAGGUCAUUUGCUUUUGCAGUUAGUAGUCUGAACCUUUCAUAAUGACUUUACAGUUAAUCACUUAGUUGCAUUCUGCUGGCUUCAGUGUUACUUUUGUUUUUCCAUUAAACUCUCCUGCUGCAAAAUCGGAGACUCUGUAUUAAUGAUUGAAUGAAAGUUUUGACUUCUUUUCCCAUUUAAAGCGUGUCAUUCUUAAAUGCUUUGAGGCAUAACCAGGUCGGUUGGUCACUUCAGUGUGAAGAAUCCUUCACUGAACAUCUGAUCAUUGUGGAGAAGUGGAAACUGAUGUUUUCACACUGUGAUUCAUGCAGGGUUUUUUUUUUUCAGUUUAGCACAUAACGAUGAAAGAGGAAUGUUUCAGUUUGUUAACCAGGAGGCCAAAGGUGUGACUUGUGGUUUCAUGACUUGUUUGCUAUCAUUUUUGGAUCAGAAACAUUUCAGUUCUUGCUAAGUUUCAUAACUUUAAAACUUUGUGCUAAAACAAAAAGUCA